AUGGCGACAGCUGAUCUGACAACACCUCAGACCUGCAUCGCCGAUUUCUCCUUGGUUCCGAUCGGCUCGCAGAGCGCAUCAUUCUCCAAGCAGAUCGCAGAAAUUCAGGACCUGCUGCAGAAGUCUGGCCUGAAGUAUCAGAUGACUGCGACUGGGACGGUUGUUGAGGGACCCUGGGACCAAGUCGCCCGAGUCAUUGGAUAUGCCCAUACUUUGAUUCACCAGGAGGGCAUACCAAGAAUCCAGACAGAUAUCCGCAUCACAACCAGGACGGAUAAGGAACAACCGAUGGAGGGCAGUUUACUGUCCGUUGAGAAAAUCUUAGCGACUUGA